AUGGCGCGUGAGAUGGAAGCACACCGGCAAGACGAGGAGAAUGAAAUUCAAGGCUUCAGUAAAGCUGUGAUUGACGUAGAGGUUGUGUCUGAAAGCAAUGAGACUUAUCAUCCCAUGGACGAUUGUAUGAGACCGUCGCAGGCAGCCAAACGCCGUUUAGCUCAGGGAGAGCAGUUACCGAGUUCUGAUGACUCGAUCGAUUGUUUCCCGGUGUCUAUCGAUAAAGAUACCCAGCGUUCAAGUGAUGAUAGUGUUGAAGAAGACGGCGCCCAAAAGGGGGUGACUCAGCACCAGCACGCCAAGAAAGGCAAGAGGCGUCUUCGAGAAAGAUCCCGAUCAUCGUCACUGCCCAUUCGGCGGUCUUCUCGCAGAGUGCCUGGCGAGAAAAAGGUAUAUGACAUGAGCGUGCAUCCUCAGGAUGAGGCACUUGAGCUAUUGAGUUUUGAUGAGGAGGAAGUGGCAGCAUCAUCUUCCAAGCGAAGAAGAACGAAUCCGAAAGAAAGUAUUUCAGACGCUAGUGAGCCGAUGGAACAGGAUACUAGGAGGAACCGCUCCAAGCAAAUCAUGAACUCGAGUGACUUGGGGGGGACUGCCUUCGGGGAGGAGGAGGAUCUUACCACGGGCGGAGACAGCAUCAAUGUAAUCACGCAUAUGAGUCCAACACAUGAUCUGCAGACAGAUUACACAUGUGAAAGAUUGACAUCACCUACGCCAUCGGUCUCUACGCCUCCCCUGCACAGCAUACGUCGUAAGAGGUCACUCGAUGUCUGGAAGCCGUUUCCCGGUGCCCGAUCUUUCCACCACGAUCGAGAUUCCUGGCCGUUCAUACGGGGCCAGUCCUUUGACAUUUGGACGGAGCAGGCGGAAGACGAGGUCGCAAAAGAGGCACUUGUGACGCUUCCUCUGGAAUUUGAACACGAUGACAAAGAGAAUCAGCUCGAAAAUACCGAUCAACAGACUUCUGACCCACUCGACGGUAUCGCCGUCAUCCCAGCCUCGCAGUAUAGACAAUCUGAUGAGGAUAUAGUGGACGCGCAAAACAACCGACUUGUCUCGGAAGCCUUGUAUGAUGAGAGUGGGAUCGACUUUGAUGCUUAUGGACUUGACAGUACAGACGGUGCUAAUGACGAAGUCGCGUCUUGUCAGCGAGAACUAGGUGCCAAUGAGGACAUUAUGCGUCUCCUUGCAAGUGGUGCUCAUUUGCCUCGAGCACCAAGGGCUCGAAGUCACAAGAAAUUACCCUCUGAAGAAGCUACAACAAUAGGAACGGCAAUGGCGGAUGUAUCUCUCCGUCACAAAGGUUGGCUUGCUAUGUAA